AUGUCUUCGCUGCGCUCCUCGGUCUCCAGCAAGGCAUGCGACAGCUGCCGCAAGCGAAAGGUCAAGUGUGACUCGCAAGAGCCGUGUGCCAACUGUCGCAUCUCCAGAAUUGAUUGCUUGUACACGAGAAUCGCGAAAAAGCGUGGCCCUCGACGAUCGAGGGUGGAAACGGUGGACACCCCUUUGCCACACGACGAUGCAACUGUGACCCCGGUCCCUGCUACGCCGCCGCUGCAUUCUGGAACACCUGCAGCGGUUGGCAAUACCCCUCAGCAGUCGAUUGCAGCAUGGCAGACCCCGAGCCCGGCGGGCUGGUCGGUGGCGCCAACUGACAACGACUCGCUCAGGGCAGCCCGAGCAAUCCUGGAUACACUAAUCAAUGCGCUCACAACAGUGCUGCCAGGGAUGCGGGUCAUUGACAUGGUUAACAACUGCAUUGACAUUUACAUGCAAUACACCUUCCCCACCGCGCCAUUUGUCCAUGGAGGUCGGCUACGGCACGACGCACUCUUCUUUUUUGCGACAGCCAACUCGGUUCCCGUAUUCGAAAGCGCUAAUGAAGGCGAGACAAUAAGGCUCAUGCGCGGUUUCACCCUGCUGGCUUCCCUAUGCGCAUCGAUGUCGUCUGUGAUGCCCGACUCCCUCCUUGCAUACGGCAAGCUGGCUGAUCGCCUAUUCCUCAAGGCUUCGAGAGACAUGCUUAAGCUCUACGAGGACUUUGAUCUCGAGUACCCAGACUCGACCUCACUCGCCAUUCGAUUUCUGCAAUCGUCUGCCUUGCAACAUAUUACGGGCCGAAAAGGGGCAGCCUUUCACGUUUUCGGCCAGGGCACCCUCCUCGCCCAGUCGAUGCACCUCUACGAUGAACAGGCCAUUGCCAGGGAUGACCCCGUCGAGUCCAAGCUUCUCCGCCUGAGUUUCUGGGCCGCAUACUCAUCCGACAAGGGUGGCCAGGUCCUAGGAACGCGCCCGACCGUCUUGCACGAGCUCCUGCUUCCAACGGAAAUUUCCACCUCUCCGUAUGGAGACUCCUUCGUUCCGCUUCUGGAUCCAAAUAAUCCCAGAUAUGCCGAGCCAUUCGAGGCAAAUAUCCUGGUGGGCUUCCACCUGAUGCCGCGUCUCUGGUCAUCAGCCGCCCGGCUACUCGUGAGUCUCAAAGCGUGCGAGCCAAUGACCCGCAAAGCAGAUGCCUAUUUCGACUUUGUCCGAAUCAUCGACGGGCUUCCUAGUUGGUUACAGGUCUCGAAUCUCUUACCAGCCCCGGGCGAUACAGAAGCAAACUCGUUUCAGAAAACCUGCUUCUGGGUUCAGCGCUGCACUCUCAUGAUGUCCUUUCAUUGCCUACGGCUUGUCAUAUUACAGAGCUGUAUCGAGUACAGCGCCUGCGGGAUCAUGGGAUUGACAGACCAACCGCUGGCUGCCUCGAUGAAGAAGAUGGAAAUUAUACAAGAGUUCCUACAGACAGCGGAUGAUAUCCCGUUCGUCUACCAUCAGAUCAAAGGGGAACCUAGCGUGGAACGCAUUCGCCAUGUCGGGACGAUUCUACUGGAGAUGAUCCAAAAUGUAGACAAUGAGGCUAUCAGAGCUCGGGCGAAUAUGUUCUUUACACGACUUUUGGAUUUGCUUGCAAAGCUAGACUCAAAGGCAUCCGCAGAGCUCAGUCGAUGA